AUGAAGACGGUCAGCCUCGGCGCCUCCAGGCCCUCCGCCGUCAACUUCCGCAUGCCGACGAGGGACAACCUCGUGCCGAUACGCGUCGACGUCGAGGUGGACGGCCAGCGCUACAGGGACGCCUUCACCUGGAACCCGCGAGAUCCCGACUCGGAGAUCAUCAGCUUCGCCAAGCGGACGGCCAAGGACCUCAAGCUGCCGGCCAAUUUCGUUCCCCAGAUGCUUCAGUCCAUCCAGGGGCAACUUGCGGAGUUCCGUUCUUACGAGGGGCAGGAGAUGCAAAUCAAGGAGAAGAUUGUGCCUCUCAAGAUUGAUCUCCGCGUGAACAACACUGUAAUUAGAGACCAGUUCUUAUGGGAUAUCAGCAACCUUGAUAGUGACCCUGAAGAAUUUGUGAGGACACUGUGCGAUGAUUUGAACAUCACGGAUCCUGAAGUUGGGCCUGCAAUAGCUGUUUCCAUCCGUGAGCAGCUUUAUGAGAUUGCUAGUCAGAGCGUCUCUGUUAUGAGAGAGAAGCAAAUGUCAAAGAAGGGAAGGCGAGCACCAGAAUUUUCUUCAAAUAGUAAAGCCGUGAACAAUGCAGUGGAUUUGUUCAAGUAUUUUGGCAGCAAAGGAAGUGUCAUCCGGAAACGGAAAGAAUGGUACCUGUAUGAGCCUGUUGUUGACGUUGUAGCUAGUGAGGAAGAUGGAAAAGAGGAGGCCGAAGAAGAGAGCAGAAGAAGAGAAAGUUGCAAGUCUUCAGUCCCUUUGAUUGAUUCAGAUGCAGAACUGCAGUCCUGA